GGGCGGGCCGGCCUCCGCCCGGAAGUUGCCUGCGGAUAGUAAAUAAGCGUCGGCUGGCAGGGAGCGAGACAGCUGGCUCCAUCUUGUCGGCCUCCUCGGCUUCCCCUGCGACGUCGGGGCCAUGGGGAACGUUUUGGGGCUGUGCUCCCUGGCGAGCUGGAUACCAUGCUUGUGUGGCAGUGCUCCAUGUUUGCUUUGCCGAUGCUGCCCUAGUGGAAACAACUCCACCGUAACUCGGUUGAUCUAUGCACUUUUCUUGCUUGUUGGAGUAUGUGUAGCUUGUGUAAUGUUGAUACCAGGAAUGGAAGAACAACUGAAUAAGAUUCCUGGAUUCUGUGAGAACGAGAAAGGUGUUGUCCCUUGUAAUAUUCUGGUUGGCUAUAAAGCCGUCUACCGCUUGUGCUUUGGCUUGGCUAUGUUCUAUCUUCUCCUCUCUCUGCUAAUGAUCAAAGUGAAGAGUAGCAGUGACCCUAGAGCUGCAGUCCACAAUGGAUUCUGGUUCUUUAAAUUUGCUGCAGCAAUUGCAAUUAUUAUUGGGGCUUUCUUCAUUCCAGAAGGAACUUUUACUACUGUGUGGUUUUAUGUAGGCAUGGCAGGCGCAUUUUGCUUCAUCCUUAUACAAUUGGUCUUACUUAUUGAUUUUGCCCACUCUUGGAAUGAAUCAUGGGUUGAAAAAAUGGAAGAAGGGAACUCAAGGUGCUGGUAUGCAGCUUUAUUAUCUGCUACAGCAAUGAAUUAUUUGCUGUCUUUAGUUGCUAUCGUCCUGUUCUUUGUUUACUACACUCAUCCAGCCAGUUGUUCAGAAAACAAAGCUUUCAUCAGUGUCAACAUGCUGCUCUGCCUUGGUGCUUCUAUAAUGUCUAUACUUCCCAAAAUUCAAGAAUCACAGCCAAGAUCUGGAUUGUUACAGUCUUCAGUAAUUACCAUUUAUACAAUGUAUUUGACGUGGUCUGCUAUGACCAAUGAGCCAGAAACAAAUUGCAACCCAAGUCUCCUGAGCAUAAUUGGCUAUAAUACAACAAGCUCUAUUCCAAAGGAAGGACAGUCUGUCCAGUGGUGGCAUGCUCAAGGCAUUAUAGGACUCAUUCUCUUUUUACUGUGUGUGUUUUAUUCAAGUAUACGCACUUCAAACAACAGUCAGGUUAAUAAACUGACUCUUACAAGUGAUGAAUCAACUUUAAUAGACGAUGGUGGAGCUCGAAGUGAUGGAUCCCUGGAGGAUGGAGAGGAUGUUCACCGAGCUUUAGAUAAUGAAAGAGAUGGUGUUACUUACAGUUAUUCCUUCUUUCACUUUAUGCUUUUCCUGGCUUCACUUUAUAUCAUGAUGACUCUUACCAACUGGUACAGGUAUGAACCUUCACAUGAAAUGAAAAGUCAGUGGACAGCUGUCUGGGUGAAAAUCUCUUCUAGUUGGAUUGGCAUUGUGCUGUAUGUUUGGACACUAGUGGCUCCAUUAGUUCUUACAAACCGUGAUUUUGACUGAACUGGACUCUGGCAUGAAAGUUCCUCUGCAAUUGUUUGUUUGAAUUUAACAGUAUUCAUAUAUUUUGUAAAGAUAUAUAUGUGUGUGCUACUCAUGUAACUCCUUGAAUGUUCUGGCAUGAGUUAGAUUUUACUGCUUGCCAGGUUUUUCAUUACUUUCUCCAAGGUCAAUUAUAGGUGAGUUAGUAUGAAUCACAAAGAGCUUUAUGAUUAUGGUCGUGGUUUAGAAAAGUGGAUAUGAUUAGUUUCAUUUCUGGUCUGUCAAACAGUAAAAGAAAACUUACAAGUUUGAUUUUUAAGCUGUUUUAAGAAAGUAUGAGGAAGUAGAUUGCUGUGUGAAGUUUGAUGCCUUGCCCUACUGUAGAUUGCAGUGAAUGUGUUGGUUCUACAGUUGUAUAAAUAAGUCACUUAAAUACUGGUCAUCUGAAAAAUCUUUCCAGAUUUUGGGAAGAUAGGAUCAUAAGCUAGGAGUAUUUGAUGGAAAGCAGUGCAAUUAUGCCUAGAGAUCGAGGCACAGAGCCUUCAAAAUAAGGAAGUCCAACUAGUGGCAUAUACUAAAUUGAUAUCCAAUUAGAUUAUAAUGCUUACUGGAAAGGAAUGGUGUCAUGAUGAUAAAGAUUCUGAAAGGGGGGAAUAAUCAUGAGUUUAAGAAAGUUCAUUGAAUUCAGUUUGAAAGUUUUGAAAAUUAGUCAAAUUUUGACUAAUUGAGGUCACAAAAUAGUUGGCUAUAGUAGGUGCUUAGCUAAAAAUUGUCCAUUUCACAUUAAAAUAAAAAAGACAGACUGAAACAGAAAAACAGCUCUGAUAGUGACCAAACUAGGAAAUUUCAAGUCUGCCAAAAAUAGCUGGCAUUCUUUUUGGUGUUCAAAAAUAAUUUUUGUUCAAAUUACGUGUAUAAUAGAUUUCACAUAUUAGUGGUAUAGUUUGUGAUGUGGAUUGCUGGUGUCCAGCAUGCCUUCUGCCUGUAAACCCAUAAACUGAGGACAGGAGAAUGUUGAAAUGCUGUAGAAUAAACUCCUGCUUUCAGUAUAGUAUACAGAAUAAGACAUGUUUAAGUGCUUUUGUAUUUGCUGCCAUCUAAUUGAAAUAUAUAUAUAUAUAUUCUAACUUCAAAUUAAAAAUCAAGCAGUAUGUUAACUUAAAAAACUUAGUAACCUGUGUUAUUAGUAACUUAAAAUAUUUUGCUUCUUUUAAGGUAUUUAUUAAUAUAAAUAUAAUUCACAUUAAUUCCCCACCUUUUAUUGUAUUGAUACUGUGUUGUUCCAUGGUUUUGAAUGACAGUUCUAUAUAAUAAAUAAAUUUCAAGCAAAUA